UACAAAAUUAACCUUGAAUUAUAUGUUUUUGCUUCGAUUUUUGCUGCCGUAGUUUUUGUUUUGGUCCACAAAAGCAUUUUGAAGAAGCUAGUCAAAUAUGGCUUUAGCAGAUCAGAGACUUGAGAACUUGCAGAUCUACAAAGUUCUUCAGUGUGUUCGGAACAAAGACAAGAAGCAGAUAGAGAAACUGACCAAGCUUGGGUACCCUGCACUGAUCAAUUUCACAGAUCCCAUCAAUGGACACAGUGCUCUGCACUUAGCCUCGGUUUCCAAUGACAUCGAUAUGGUCAGCUUUCUCCUUAGCCUUGGUGCUCACCCUGAUGUGCAAGACAAAAUGGGCUGCACUCCGACGAUGAGGGCUGCAGAACUGGGCCACGAACUGUCCAUGGAAAUACUAGCCAAGGCAAAGGCUGAUAUGACUAUAGUCGAUAACGAAGGAAAAGGUAUUUUGUUUUACUGCAUUUUACCUACAAAGCGGCAUUAUCGCUGUGCAGUGAUUGCGUUGGAACAUGGUGCAGAUGUCAACAAUUGUACCUAUGAAGGAAAGCCAAUAUUCCUUAGAGCUUGCGAAGAAGCACAUGAUGUUAAAGAUGUGUGCCUGACAUUUUUGGAGAAAGGAGCCAAUCCAAAUGCUAUCAACUCAUCCACAGGUCGCACGGCUUUAAUGGAAGCAUCAAGAGAGGGAGUGAUAGAGCUAGUUCGAGGGAUAUUGGAAAGAGGAGGUGAAGUGAACGCGUUUGACAAUGACAGACAUCAUGCUGCACACUUUGCUGCCAAAGGAGGCUUUUUUGAUAUAUUGAAGCUUCUCUUUGCCUAUGAUGGAGACGUGGGGUUGAUUGCAAUGAAUGGGAACACCCCACUUCAUUAUGCUGCCAUGGGUGGUUUUGCAGACUGCUGCAGAUACUUAGCUCAGCGAGGAUGUGACCUGAAAUGGAAGAACGGGCAGCACAAAACGCCCAAGGCUGUGGCUAAGGAAGGCGGUUUCAAAGCAGCCAGCAAGGAAAUUCGAAGGGCGGAGCGAAUCGCUAAUAAACUGGCCCGGCAAGGAGCCAAAAAUCCGAAUCCACACUUGUACCUGAGGCUGCACGACUGGUCCAUCGAACAUGAGACUUUCCUUCGGGAAGCCCUGUCGUUUGUGGACAGGGGCGACGGGACAGUCAGCAAGGAGGACUUCGUGCUGGCGCUGGAGGAGAGGCAGGAUUUCAUGAACGCGGAACAGCUGGCGAUCAUAGCGCAACUUCACGAGAAAGUCAGGGGCGGAGGGAUCGACAUUAAUGAGUUCUUUAAAGGAACCAAAUACUUAAGCAAGUCUUAUGUCUUGGGGUCCUACGGGCCUAAGAAAAAGAAAAAAAGGAUGCCCAAAAGAGCCAAAAAGGGCAAGUUUGUUUUACCCCUCCCCAUCUGCAUCAUCCCGGACCACGUGUUCCCACGCCGCAGUGACGGUGGGCCGCCCUAUUACAUGAUCGAAACCUACAAGAAUGUGACAGACUGCAAUCGCUUUAAUCGGGAUCAUCCCCCAGAACAUCCCAUCCAGGAUGACUCUGCUUGGUACAUUGAUGAUCCGGGGAAAGUAUUUUCAAACAUUAAUUUUAUCACCAAGGCGGACGACCUGGCUUCUCUGAAAAAGGCGUUCGAAUCAGGAAUACCCGUGGACAUGAAGGAUAAUUAUUACAAGACACCCCUAAUGACUGCAUGUGCGAAUGGAAACAUAGAUGCGGUCAAGUUUCUUCUUGAAAAGGGGGCUAAUGUUAAUGCCACAGAUAAUUUUCUGUGGACUCCGCUUCAUUUUGCGUGCCACGCAGGCCAACAAGAUAUUGUUGAGCUUCUUGUCAAAUCGGGCGCCGUGGUAGAUGCCCUUUCAAUCAACAAUUCAACUCCCCUAAGUAGAGCCAUUGAGAGCUGUAGGAUGGAUACCGUAAAAUACCUGCUCGAUAUCGGUGCUAAAUUCCAGCUGGAGAAUAGAAAAGGGCAUAGUGCCAUGGACGUUGCAAAGGCAUAUGCUGACUAUAGAAUAAUUGGUUUGAUUAAAGAAAAGCUGGAUAACUUGCCAAAACCAGCAGAAAAUCAAAAAACAAAAGGCAAGCCACCGCUUAAAGUGAAGAGUGAAGGCCCUGAGAUUAAGAAAGAGGAGGAACCGCUUUCAUCAGUGUAUACUAUACCAACCACACUAGAGGAAAAGAAGAUGCGUAAGGAUAACGUGGUUUACCUCAAUUCACUGAUUACCAGUGGUUAUACCAAGAAAGUGGAUAUCACAUUUAUUCCACGGAGGACCUGGAGUCCCGAAGCCAUGACAGCAGAGCUGAUCAGGAAGAGGGAGCUGCGGCGGGAGAGGUUCACUUAUGAGGUGGAUUUUGAUGACUUCAUGAUGCCCUUUCAGAAGAACAUCACAGAAAAAGCUCAAGCAUUAGAAGCUGCCUUCAAGACCUAAAUCACAGCAGUUGCUCCUUGGGGUAAACUUUUUGAAGCCCAGGGACCAAACAUUGGAGAAAGCAGAUGUUUCCAUUAAAGCCAAAGCAAUCCACAAAUUAAGCAUUGUAACCAAAUAUUUGGCUUUGCUUUAACAAUUAUAAAUAUUCU